AUGAUAUCUAAUGACGAUGACGAUUAUAUGGAUUAUAUAACUUCCACUAAAUAUGAAGGUCAAUUAGAUGAUCUUCUUAUGGAGAUUACUCAAAUGAGUGAACAAUUUUUACAUGAACAAGAACGGAAAGUAGAUUCUACAUUGAAUGAAAUUACUCAAAGUGUUGAGACAAUGAAACAAGAUAAUAAUACAUUGAUAGAAACGCAAUCGUCAGGAGCAGGGACAGGCACGGACACAGCGAUGAUGAUGAUUGAUAUAAAAGAUUUCCCUUCCAAUAUUGAGAAAUUUAAUAAAUUAUUAGAAUUAUUGAAAAUGGUACAUUUAGAUCAAGAUUCAUUAGAUUAUUUCUUACGAUAUACCGUAUUGUCUAAUGAUGGUUCUAAGAAUAAACCAUUAUCAUUGAAAUCAAUUGAUGAUCCACAAUUUGUUUCAUUAGAAAGGGAAGUUGAUAAUUUACAAAAUAAUGAAAUUGCUCAACAAUUGAAUGAAAUUAAUGGAACCAAAUUGAAAAUUUUCAAAAUUAAUGAUACUAUUUUCCAAUCUAAUAAUGAAUUAAAUGAACUUUCUUUAAAUCUUGGUAAUGAAAUUGAUGAAUGUUGGGAUUUAUUAAAUGAAUUUAAUGAUUUGAAAGAUAAAAAAUUGAAUUCUACUACAAAAAAUGGUGUUAAAACCUCCCGUGAAAACGAUCCUGUAAAUGAUACAUAUAACGAAUUUAAAAAAUUGAAUGAUCAAAAUGUUAAAUUGACAAAAUUAAAUGAUGAAAUGAAUUUAGUUCAAAAAUCCGUUGCAAGAUUUAAAAACAAAACUCAUAAAUAUGACGAUAAAGAUAAAGAUACGAACGGUAAUGAUGAAAUAGAUAAAGAGAAACAAACGCUCGAAGUUUUAAAUGGGUUGAUUAAGCUUUUUGAAAAUACAUUUAUGAAAAUAUCUUCUAACUUAAAUAACCUCAAAAUUUCCCCCGGAAAGAGACAAAUUGAAUUUGAAAUUAAUAAUAAAUACAAGAUUAUACUUAUAUUGUCACAAUAUGGGAAUGACGAAAGAUUGUCAGAUAUAAAGAUUACUAGAAUUGAUGACUCAAAUGAUGAUGAUGAUCUGAAUUGUAAACGAUUAGAGAAGGAUUUUAAUUUGAAAUUUCAUCUUGAUGGAAGUGGAGAUUACGGGAAUAGAAAGAAAAAAUAUUCAAUAUUUGAAAUAAUGGAGUCGAUAAUUGAAAGAAUUGAGAAGCUAUGA